UAAAGCCUCCUCCUUUGCAAUAUUUUCAAAUCAUUCACCACAUAUAUUUAAUUUCUUCACUCAACAUACAACAUUUUCUAAAAAAAAAUAUAAACUUAUGUCUUUUAGAAGUACUUGUGAACCACUUGCAGUAGGUAGAGUAAUAGGUGAAGUAGUAGACAGUUUUAGUCCAAGUGUGAAAAUGAAAGUUCUAUACAAUGGGAGCAAACAAGUCUCUAAUGGCCAUGAGAUCAUGCCUGCUGUUGUUGCAACUCAACCUCGUGUCGAAAUUGGCGGUGAAGACAUGAGAUCUGCUUAUACACUCAUCAUGACUGACCCUGAUGCUCCAAGUCCUAGUGAUCCAUACUUGAGGGAACAUCUCCACUGGUAUGAUAAAUUUAAAUUAAUAGAUGUAAUGUACAAUAUUAAUACAUCUGUUAUUUAUUUGCAUAUCAGGAUUGUGACGGAUAUACCUGGUACGACUGACAUUUCAUUUGGAAGGGAGAUAGUGUGCUACGAGAAGCCAAAGCCGGUAAUUGGGAUCCAUCGUUAUGUAUUUUUGUUGUAUAAACAGAGAGGAAGGCAAACAGUGAGAGCACCAACAACAAGGGAUCAGUUCAAUACGAGGAGUUUUUCGGCGGAAAAUGGAUUGGGAUCCCCUGUUGCUGCUGUUUAUUUCAAUGCCCAGAGAGAAACUGCAGCUAGAAGAAGAUGAAUUUUCACACACACAAAAUAAGCUAAAUGCACUUUGCAUAGUACAGACAAAAGUAGUACUCCCCCAGGGCCUCACUGAUUGGUUUAAGAGAUUCUAAGUGUCAUUCUCAAGCAUAUUGUAACCAAUUAUAUUAUAUAUAUAUAUGGUGUUUGUCCUA